AUGAGGUUUCUUUGUCCCUUCAUGACCCGGAAAACUGGCGUUUCUCUGUGGCCGCUUUUGUUGCCCGUUCUUUUUUGCUUUAUCGUGACCGUUGCACACGGACAGGUUCGUUAUUCUAUUCCCGAAGAGAUGACCAGAGGAUCACUAGUCGGAAACAUCGUUCAGGAUCUCGGAUUGGAUAUUAAAAGGCUAAAGUCUGGUCGAGCGCGGAUCUUUACGGAGGGCAGUCGUGAGUAUAUUGGCUUGAAUGUGGAUAAAGGCACCUUGGUAGUACAAGAGAGAAUAGACAGAGAGGAGCUGUGCGCUCAAGUGUCGCCUUGCUCGUUACAUUUUCAGAUAAUUUUAGAAAGCCCAAUGGAACUGCAUCAUAUUGAUGUGGAAAUCUUGGAUAUAAACGACAACGCUCCAGUUUUUGCAAGGAAUGAAAUCAGUUUUCAGAUAAGUGAGCUGGCUCUUUCUGGUGCAAAAUUUUCUUUGGAUAAUGCAUAUGACCCUGACGUAGGUAUGAAUUCCCUCCAGAGAUACACACUUAAUCCAGCGAAUAUUUUUUCUUUAAAAGAAUCAACUGAUCAAAACAAUAUAAAACACGUGGAAAUGGUUUUACAAGCACCUUUAGAUAGAGAGAAACAAGAAGAACACACAUUAACUCUAGUGGCUUUUGAUGGAGGGAAUCCACAAAAAUCAGGCACUUUAAAAAUAACUGUUACUGUUUUGGAUGUAAACGACAAUGCGCCUGUAUUUAGUUUUCCUUUAUAUCGUGUUUUUCUAGUGGAAAAUUCACCUAAAGGCACGCAGUUGAUAACAGUGACUGCUAGUGAUAAAGACAAAGGAGCAAACGCUAAGGUGACUUACUCGUUUUCGCAAAGCACAGGAAAGAAUUUGGAAUUGUUUAAUAUUGACUCUGUCACCGGCGAAAUCACUGUUAACGGUGAUAUAGACUUUGAAAAAUCAAAACAUAUUCAAAUAAACGUUGAAGCUACAGACAUAGGCGGCCUAACAGAUUCAUCUAAAGUGGUAAUUGACAUAACAGAUGUUAACGACAAUGCGCCUGUCAUAAAUCUAAUCUCAUUUUCUAAUACAAUUCCGGAGGACUCCAAACCAGAGACUGUAAUAGCUAUUCUAAACGUCAAAGAUUUGGAUUCCGGGAAAAACGGACAAGUAAAAUGUGGAAUAGCUCAGGAGACACCAUUCAAAAUUAAACUAACGUCAACCAAUUUCUACAGCUUGGUUACUGCGCAAUUUUUAGAUCGCGAGAAAUUGUUUGAAUACAGAAUAACUAUCACAGCUAAUGAUGAGGGUUCACCGUAUUUAUAUACAAAUAAAACGUUGAUGCUCAAAAUAUCUGAUGUCAACGACAACGCCCCUGUUUUCCAGAGCUACUCCUACACUUCUUAUCUGAUGGAAAAUAAUUUACCUGGAGCGUCUAUAUUUGCAGUGACAGCAACUGACAAAGACUCGGGUAAUAAUGCGCGUAUUUCAUAUUUACUAGAAGAACAAUCUGUCAAUGGUGUGGCUGCCUCAUCUUAUAUUUCAGUUAAUGCAGAAAGCGGAGAGAUUCUUGCCCUUCGGUCAUUUGAUUACGAGCAAACGAAAGAGUUCAACAUAUGCGUAAAAGCGCAAGAUGGAGGCAACCCGCCUCUCAGUUGCAACGUGAGCGUAAAAGUAAUUAUUCAGGACAAGAAUGACAAUGCGCCUCAGAUUCUGUAUCCGGUACAAACUGGUAGCUCCGUGAUAGCUGAAAUGGUACCUCGUUCUGCAGAUGUGGGUUUUCUUGUUACUAAAGUAGUGGCUGUAGAUGUGGACUCUGGACAGAAUGCUUGGCUCUCGUAUAAACUGCAGAAAGCGACGGACAGAGCAAUGUUUGAAGUGGGAUUACACAAUGGAGAAAUAAGAACUGUGCGCCAAGUCACUGAUAAAGAUGCUGUGAAACAGAAACUGACCGUUGUGGUGGAGGACAACGGUGACCCCCCUCGUUCAGCUACAGUAAAUGUUAACGUGGUGCUGGCCGACAGUUUCCCUGAAGUGUUCUCAGAGUUCACUGACUUUACCCACGAUAAGGAAUACAACGACGACCUGACAUUUUAUCUAGCAUUGGCUUUAGUGGUAGUUUCUUUUUUCUUUAUUGUGUCCAUCAUAACUAUACUGUCUGUUAAAUGCUACAGAUGGAGACGUGAACGGAUGUUUAACAAAUUAGGCGCAAAUCUUCCAGUUAUUCCGUAUUACCCACCCCUUUACGCAGACGGAGGAACAUUGCAGCAUAUGUAUAGUCAUGAAGCUUAUAGAUCAACUGACUCUAGAAAGAGUCAUUUGAAGUACGGCAAACCUUCCACUGAGAGCGUCAUGAGUCUGGACACCAAUGCAACACAAUCACCCAAUCGUGCGCAGAAGGAGGAACUGUUUAGCCAGGUGAGAAUUAACCAGGUGAGAAUUAGUGCUUUGCUUCAUAUACCCGUCGAAUAUAUUUAA